UUGGUUGGUUCUUAUUCUUAUUCUUUUAUUUUUUAAGUUUUCUGUGGAGAGGAGAAGACGACGCGCUCUCUCUCACUUUCCUGUUUUUCCCUUUCUUCCUUCACUCGCAUCAAAUUCAAAAUAAUAAAAUCAAAUAAAAAUAAUUAUCAAUAAUUCAAUCUUAGUCGUCCUCCCUGUUUAUUGUGGUUGCUGUAUUGAGUAAUUUUCGCGCCAUAAUUCUCUCUUUUCUUCUGCUUCGUCCGUGCGUUUGUCAGUACGUUCCAUGCUUCAUCUGAAUGAUUUGAUUGAAGAGUGAGAACGAACAGGCUCGGCGGAAGGCGGAGGAUGGAGGUGACGGCGGAGAGGAGUGGAGAGGGAGUGUGGUGAUGGAGGAAGAAUGGAGUUUGAAGCCGGAAUUUCGAUGUCCCGUGGCGGCGGCGGUGUGACGGAGGGAACGUCACUGUCGACGUCGUUGAACCAAGAUGCUAUGUGGCAAAUGACCUUGAGACCAAAUGAAGCAAUGGAAUCUGGAUCCUAUCCUGAGCGUCCUGGCGAGCCAGAUUGUUCUUACUACAUCAGAACAGGCCUUUGUAGAUUUGGGGCAACAUGUCGAUUUAAUCAUCCUCCUAAUCGGAAGCUGGCGAUCGCUACUGCAAGGAUUAAAGGGGAGUUCCCAGAAAGAUUAGGACAACCUGAAUGCCAGUACUACCUAAAGACGGGAACUUGCAAGUUUGGAGCAACAUGCAAGUUUCAUCAUCCUAGAGACAAGGCCGGGAUUGCUGGAAGAGUCUCUUUAAAUGUUUUGGGCUAUCCACUUCGCCCGAAUGAAGCCGAGUGUGCUUAUUAUUUAAAAACUGGACGAUGCAAAUUUGGAGGCACUUGCAAAUUCCACCAUCCUCAACCAACCAACAUGAUGGUUUCAUUGGGUGGCUCUCCUGUUUAUCCCACUGUUCAAUCUCCAACAACUCCUGGUCAACAGUCUUAUCCAGGAGGAAUUACAAACUGGCCCAGAGCAUCUUUUAUUCUCAGCCCACGUUGGCAAGCACCUUCUAGUUAUGCACCUUUGAUUUUAUCUCAGGGAGUGGUUUCAGUUCCAGGUUGGAAUGCGUACAGUGGUCAGCUGGGGUCAGUUGCUUCUUCUGAGAACCCACAACAAACAGUGGGAAACAAUCAAAUAUAUGGCACUUCACGCCAGAGUGAACCCGCAACUUCGACUGCAGGGCAAUAUUCCGCAUACCGUUCUGGUUCAGUCCCUGUAGGGUUUUAUGCAUUGCAAAGGGAACAUGUAUUUCCUGAGAGACCUGGCCAGCCUGAAUGCCAGUUUUACAUGAAGACUGGAGAUUGUAAGUUUGGUGCAGUUUGUAGAUUCCAUCAUCCGAGAGAAAGACUACCUCCUGUUCCAGACUGUGUAUUGAGCCCCAUAGGCCUUCCAUUACGUCCGGGAGAACCUUUGUGCAUCUUCUAUUCACGUUAUGGUAUUUGCAAGUUUGGUCCAAGUUGCAAGUUUGACCACCCUAUGGAAAUUUUCGCAUAUAAUCUAUCUGCAUCAUCGUCAGCUGAUGCGUCUGCUUGAUGCUAUUUUUGUCACCAACUUUAUAACCAGAAAGGCUUGUUGAAGCAGGCUCAGGAAAGCCCAGGUGCCUCUCAUUAACCGAAACUAGGCAGAUGUCUCCUGGUGAUGAUGAUAUAACUAGGCAAAUGUCUCCUGGUGAUGAUGAUAUUGACACAGGGAUAAGUGGUCUCUCAACUGAUGGGUACUUCAGCAAUAUUUGGUUGGACAACUAAAGUAAUCUGUAAAUUCAUUUCCUGUUGAGGGGGAUGUACAGAUUUCAUGUUAAGUUCAUUAUGUUCUUCUGAUUCAGUUGACAUACUCGACUCUGAAUUUGAUAUUGCUGCAUUGUAUAAAAAUCUGAAAUAAUUGUCACAUUUGGUAAAACCCAGUGUGAACGUUUCAUCUUUCCCAAAGUCAGUCUUUUGCUCUUCAUGAUUUAUUUUUUGACCAAUAUGUUAUAUGAAGCACCCUUCUGCAAAUUUUUUGCACUCACUCUACUUCUCCAAUGAAUGCCUACAUAGGCCCCAGAUUUCUAAUAAUGUUGCAUAUGUUUUUGCCUGCUUUUCAUGAAACUACUGACCAUUAUUGCCUUGAAGUCAUUGUCAUCUUUUUGUUUUCAACUUCUUCUCUACUACUUUUUCCAUUGCAGGUCUCUCUUAUUUCAAAUUUGGUUCUCAUUGUACAAUUUUCUCCUCUUUUACCCUCACCUCAAAAUAACGAUCUUUGUGAAAUCCUUGAAGUUUGAUUUAUAUUUUUUAUGUUUGAUUGCCUUAAUCAUUUUGUUAGACAGGUUUUUGUCUUGCAGAGGCCUACAUGGUCAACAUUUUGUUUGAACAGUAUAAACUGGAGGCCAAAGAAUAAAGUUGAAAGAUGCUGUUCAUAUUACCUCUGAAGUUCUCCAAGUCUUGCAGAUUUCUCUCCUUGGUAACUCGGAUAUCAAAUGUGAGUUGACACAGAACGGAAUCAGUCACAGAACAUAUUGUAUCCAGCAAACUCAUUAGACUGUGAUAAAUAUCCUUGAAGAACUUAAAGCAGGUAUCACAAGAACAUGAAAAUGGGAUGACUAUCUAUAGUUUAAAGGUCAAGGAGAGUCUGCAAUUAUUGGGAACUUGCGGAAUUCCGGCUUACACUGUAAAAAAAGGUUUUGCAUACUUUUGCAGCCUACUUGUUUUGUUUGAUUGUUAUAUAUAUAUGUUUAUGCCUGUAUUUGUUUUAAUUGGAUUGCAUUGUGAUUCAUGAGCAAAUACACCCCAGAAAUGAUAACAUGCAUCUAAUGUUUUUGGGUGA